ACCACUUCCUGCAAAUCACUCAAUAGGUUAAUUUUCUAGAAGUUGGCGCGCAGAAUAGCUUGUACACGCUGUUCGCAGUAGUUUUAUAAGAAUUCCUCAUUAGAACAAUAAGUUAAAGACUUUAAUUAUUAUUUUUUUAAUUUAAAAGUUUAGAAAUAUAAAUCUAUCAAGAUGUUUUGGGGACUUAUUAUGGAACCAAAUAAACGGUAUACCCAAACCGUAGAAAAAGCAUUCCACGUGUCUAUGGCAACUUUGGAUGUUACAACAGGCGACGAUGACUUUGUUCAAGUGAUGCUGUGCUAUGAAAACCGUAAUUAUCUUCUGUGUAAUUUAAAGAAGAGUACACUUUGCCAAAAAUCACUUGAUUUAAAUUUCAAAGUCGGUGAUAAAAUUGCUUUUACAUCCAAUGGAAGAGGACACGUACACUUAACAGGUUAUUUAAUACCUGAUGAUUUAGAAAUGUACGAGGAUCAGGAUUCUACAGAAGAUGAAGAUGAAAACGAAGAAGUUCCCACCUUGGUGACAAAGAAUGAAAAACGUAAAGCUCAGACAUCACCUACUGAUGCUAAAGUAGCUAAAAAAUUAAAGUCAAACGCCAAAAUUGAAGUCGAAGAAGAAGAUGAUGAUGAUGAAGACGAGGAUGACGAUGAUGAUGAAGAUGAUGAUGAGAACGCAAAUGAUACUUUAGAAGUCGAAGAUGAUGAUUCUGAGGAAGAUGAGGAUGAAAGUGAUGAUGACUCGGAGGAAGAAGAUGAUGACGAUGACAAAGAAGAAGAGGAAGAAGUUAAACCUCAACAAAAGAAGGGCAAACAAAAUAAACAGGUUCAGAAUCAGAAACCUCAGAAGCAACAAAAUAAUUUAACAAAUGGAAAAGAGGCUAAACCUAAAAAAAAAGAAGAAGAGAAAUCACCAAAUGAUCAACAACAAAAAAAGAGAACUAUAACUGGUGGUGUACAAAUUGAAGACAUCAAAGUAGGAAAUGGAACGCUAGCAAAAUCAGGAAAAUUCGUAUCAGUUUAUUAUGUUGGACGAUUAAAGAAUGGCAAGAAAUUCGACGCGACAACAAGCGGGGAUGGAUUUAAAUUCCGACUUGGCAAAGGUGAGGUCAUCAAAGGUUGGGAUAUUGGAGUUGCAGGAAUGAAAGUUGGCGGAAAAAGGCGUAUCACAAUACCUCCAACUCUAGCGUAUGGUGCAAAAGGAUCGCCUCCAGUCAUUCCAGGAAACAGUACACUCAUCUUUGAAGUAGAACUCAAAAACGUUCAUUAAAACCCUUAAUGUCAAUUUAAAAUAAGUAUUUGCCAUAAAGUCUUUUUGUACAUUUCUA